AUGGUUGUGCAUUUGUUUGGAGCUACGUCGUCACCUAGAUGUGCCAACUUUUGUCUUCGAAAAACUACUCAAGACUGUACAGGACAUUUUAGUGAUGAGGCAAUAAAGACAGUUCUUCAGAAUUUCUAUGUUGAUGAUUGUCUCAAGUCGGUGAAUUCUGUAAGAAAUGGUGUGACAUUGGUGAAAGAGCUACAGGGACCGUUGGAAAGUGGAGGAUUUCAUAUAUCGAAUUUGAUCAGCAACAUUCAUGAGGUCAUGAAUUCAAUACCAGUAUCCGAUAGAGCCAAGGAGGUCAAGGAUUUGGAUUUUGACUACUAUACUCUACCAACAGAGCGAGCCCUCGGCAUCCAGUGGUGUGUGAAUUCUGAUAUCUUUCAGUUUAGAUUGGACUUCAACAAGAAACCACCUACAAGACGAGGAAUUCUGUCAAUGGUAAAGCAGCGUACUUGA